AUGAGGCAAUUUCUCGUUUUGGGAGCUCUCGUGAGCACUGUCGCCUCGUUGAGCUUCUUGGAAAAGGCGCAGGGAUACUUGUCGUAAGUUGAACAUGUUUGGAAAUUGAAACCAACAAAGACUUGUUUUUAGUGGUGGAGCAUCCGUGAAUGCCUCUGUUUCCGCCGGCACUUCAGACUCGUCAGGCUCAAAUUUCCUCUCAGGGCUUCAGAAUUCCUCUUUCGGACAGGCUGUCGCAGAAGGAAUUGACCUCUAGUGAGCGAUAAUUUUCUGAGAGAUCAAAAGUUUAACAAAAGUUUUCAGCAACAAUGUGAAGAGUGGAAACACAACGGAUCAGUGGCAGACGUAAGUUACAUCAAUUGAACGCGCAAACAAGUUUAUUUUCGAUUUAGGGCCCUUGCCAACUCUUCACUCGGAGGAUACUAUCAAACGGGAGUGGAAUACUAGUGAGUUUAGAAAGGAAUCAUUGUGUUAACUUUGUCAAUUAACAGUAACACCAUCAAGAACGGAAAUAGCAGCGGUGUUAACACCGAUUCCAUCCAAAAGUGAGUGUGUCUUUCUAGCAAGUGAAAUAACAUUCGGACUUCUAGAAGUAUUGCCAACUCCACGUUCGGCGAAGUCGUUCAGUCUGGAGUUGAUUUCUUGUAAGCUCUAUUCCUUUCUGCUUUUUCUUAUCCCUCCAUUCCAGCAACUCUAUGAAAAACGGAAACUCCAAGUACUCGGGCAACGCUUCCGAGAUCAUCUCCGCCUUCCUUCCGUUCCUCACCAACGCUUCCACUGAAGCACAAACUGAAUUCUAUGCAAUUCUGCCGAAUGUCGCGAACUUGACAAUUGCUGAGUUUGAGAACCAGGUCAACGCGUGGGCGGUGAAAUACAACCUGACUGCCGACGUGGAAGCGUACAACCAGAGAGCGGAAAACAUGACGAUAGCUGCCGAGGAGCACGCGAACGCGAUCGUGAUGAAUCUGCCAAAUGUGCUGAGCAAUCUUAAGGCGAUCGGAAGUGACAAAAACCAGACGGUCGAGGAGAUGCACAGCAGAAUCGUUAACUACAUUGUGUCCCUGGACGACGAUACUCGAGAUGUGAGCCAACUGUUCAGAUGAUAUUUUUUAAUGAUUUCAUUUGCAGAUUGUCAUUGUUCUCUUCAACAGUCUCCUUCCUCCGCAAUUCAAACAAGUCAAGGUUUCCCAAACUAUUACAGAAUUAUUCGCAGUAGUUGGUUUUUCAGUGCUCCGGGGGCAGCUUCAUCACUGACAUGUGGCAGAAAGCUACCGAUUUCUUCGGCGGAAACGGAAGCAGCACAUCGGGUUCCUCUUCUUCGUCUGGAUCUUUCUGGAGUGGAGGAAACAAUGGAGCUGUGAACACAAAGAUCGGAAUCCUCACCAACUUUUUCAACGUUUGUUUGUCAGAAGAUUCGCAGAUUCAUCAUUAACUUCAGAAAAACAACCUCACGGAUGCUGACGUCAACGUCGCCCUGAGUGAUCCGGCAGUUCAGUUGGGAGACACUGCGUCCGUCCAAAUCCUUCCGGUCGCUCACGUCAAACUGCAGGGAGAUGUUGAGACCAGCGUUACCAAAAAGAACAAGAAGCAACAGCAGCAGGCGAACAAGAACAAGAAGAAGGCGACGACGGUUGCACCAGCCGGAGACGCGAACCUCGCCGUGGAAGUGCACGCCCAAGUACUUUAG